AUGGAGGCCUCAUUGGUCCUAGCAGAAUUGAGCGACUGUGGUUGCUGUGUGACAUUUGCGGAACCCAGCGACAAUACUGCCCUGCCCAGCAGGUCGACCACAAGUUUGAGCAGGAACUCUUUGGACUCGUCAUUGUCGGGUCUGAAAGUUCUGGUCCCGGUUUCCUUGCCUAGUUGUACCGGAGCUCCCAAAAAUUCGGCCGACCGGCUACGCGGAGACCCUUCAAAGCCGAUUUGCAAAUCCAUCGCCGAGUUCAAACCGGAGCCUCGAGAGAUGGAAGGAGCAGAAGUAGUGGAAGAAAACCCGGGCCGAACAACGGAGGCUGGAGGAGUGCGGUACGUCUGCAACAGCUCUGACUGGGUGAUCAUGGCGAUAUUAUCAAUUGCCUUGGAAUUGACUUGGAACGACAAAAGUGAAUUGUCUGGUAUUCCCGAUUGCGGGGUGAAAGCCGAAUAG